AUGGCCGCCUAUCAUAUAUUGAAGCGCUUGAUGUUGGCCCUAAAAAAUUUGACGGCUUUCAUUCCGAAACGCCAACAACCAUUCACGUUUUUGGAGGAGCGCCCAGAGGAAGUGGGGGAGGAGAUCCGCCGCUCAUCCUCUCUGCAAUUCCCGCCGGACACCGAGAACAAUUGUGUAAAGUUGCCCAACUCGCCGACACAGAUUGACCUACUCAACACGAAAACUGCCACCAUCUCCAGCUCGUUGUACACGUUGACGCAAAUUUCGGAAAGCGCCAGCGCCAUCAACCUGUACACGAUCAUGGCGAGGUAUCGGUGUUGCUUCGGCUUUUGCCGGCUUCGCGUCGGCGGUUGCGUAGUAGGUGGACUGGCGAUCGGGCUAUCGAUUUUUACCCUCUGCGUGAUCCUCUCACUUUCCCAUCAACUUUCCAAGGGACUGCAGGAUAUUUUUAUCUUGCCGAUUGUAUGCACUUCUUUAUAUCAGAUCGCCUCUGCAAUGAGCCUGAUCGUCGGAAUUCUCAUCGAGAACCACCUUCUGAUCCUACCCUUCAUCGCCAAUGUCGUCAUCCAAAUCCUGUUGCACAUGGCGCUGACGAUCAUUUUCUUGAUCUCUUCUAAUCAUUCGGAGAGCAUCGUUUUUCCGAUUCUGGCCUUCUCCACGAUAUUCAUCGUGGCCAUCUACGUAUGGUUCAUGGCGCUGACCGCGAUGACAUUCGUGCUGAUUCGGGAUAAGAAGCGGUUUAAGUGGGAACUCGACGAGGGCCUCCAGAACGUGCAGCAACGCCCUAUGGACCGCGUCAGCAGCUCGUACUUC